AUGGGCAAAUGGGAGGAUGGGGAUGGAUGGGCCCUCACUCCUUGUUUUCUAGUGCCUGCACCCCCUAGCAAGCCUAAGCCUGCAAGCCCCAGGCAAUGCACCUCACGACCUGCGCACGGAGCACAAGUGACGGCGGAGGGCGUGGAGCAGCAGAGCAAACAGCGAGUCGCGUUGUCGUUGACGAGUGAGCACUUGUCGAGACGAAUCGAAUCCUGGUGGAAGACUGCAAACCCUAGCAAGGGUGGAGUUCAGUUCAAAGUGGAUCGCGCCUUUGACUUAUAUGUACCUGCAGAGGUCGUCACCACCACAAUCACCGUGGUCGUGGGUCAAACUGCUCUACCUGGAAUACUGGGUGUUUCUCCCUGGUGCGUACUAUGUAUACUUCGCCUCAUGCCUCGCAGCAUCUUCCCCGGCAGCGAGUGA